ACGGCAAAAGACCCGCUGUUUUUUCUGCAGCAUAAACAGAAGACUCUCGGUGUGCAAGAGAGUUGACGACCUCCGAGACCACUUGUACUGGACAACGCCGCACGGCUGGCUGCUCAUGGCGCACCCUGGCUCACGCCUGACAUUCCUGUGGAACCCAUUCACGCGCCAAAGAAUCGGCCUGCCCCCUGAUACAGAGAAGUUCCUCACGAGGAACCCGGUCAGGUGCGUGCUCUCGCACGAGCCCGCGGACCCAAGCUGCGUGGUGCUUGUGGUGAACCGCGUGGACACGGUGCUCUGGUACUGCCGCCCGGGAGCAGCCGCCGAGUGGUCCGAGCACGGCUAAGUGUCAUCCCUCACAGCAGGCCACGCGCACUCCUGCUUGGGCACAAAUGCGAGUUCGCCGUCAUGUUGAACAAGGUCAGCAGGGAUGGCCUCGGGCCAAUCAAAGAGCCUGGGGAGGAAGAUCCUGUCCUGCAUCCACCUGGCGCCGGUCUUCUUCAUCGUCGUCGUGAGCGUGCCGGUGAACAGGACGCUCCCCUCCAGGCUCUCCACCUUCUCCCACUCCAUGGUGUGCUCGUUGAGCUUGACGACGUUGACCGGCGGCCCACGGAGGCCGACCAGGACGGCCAUGAGCUCGUCUUGGCCGGACUCGACGAGGUAGCUGUCUUCGCAUUCGAACCCGAAGCUCCGGGGCUUCUCCAGGAUCUCAAACCCUUGGUCGUGCAUGCGCUGGUCGUACACCGCCAGCCUCCCGUCCUGUCCCAGCAGGUAGAGCAACCCGCCGUGGAAGACCGGGUUACAGCUCGGCGACGGCACGAACGCCGGUCCGAACUCGUACGGGGUGAAGUCCCAGUCCGUCCACCCGCCAUCGCCGUUCCUGAAGGAGAGCGCGGCCUGCAGCCGCAGAAACAUGACCGCGCUGACACCGACCAUCCUGCCCGCCGCGCCGUCGCCGCCGUCGCCGACGACGAAGUCGAACCCGACUUGAUCGACCGGCGGCAUGUCCCGAGGGUGGCGCCUGCGAUAAGCACGCCAAGAGCCAUGAAGGGAACCGAAGACUCAGCUUUGGAUCGGAGCUUCUCCCCGCUGCUACUGUUUGGUCACAAGCACCCUAGGCCUCAUGGGACCAACGCUGACGGUGAGCCCGACGAAGAUGCUGAAAACGACGAGACCGAGAAGAAGGCAGAAGAUCCGCUGUUUUUCUUCUACAGCAUAAGCAGAAGACGCUCGGUGUGCAAGAUUGUGGAUGACCUCCGAGACCACUUGUACUGGACAACGCCGCACGGCUGGCUGCUCAUGGCGCACCCUGACUCACGCCUGACGUUCCUGUGGAACCCGUUCACGCGCCAGAGAGUCGGCCUGCCCCCUGAUCGAGACAAGUUUCUGACUUUGAACCCGGUGAGGUGCCUGCUGUCGCACGAGCCCACGGACCCAGCCUGCGUGGUGCUGGUGGUGAACUGCGUGGACACGGUGCUCUGGUACUGCCGCCCGGGAGGAGCCGCCGAGUGGUCCGAGCACGGCUAUUACCAGGCAGGCACCCUGGGCACCCACCAUGAUCGUGACGGUGUCAUCCAUGCAAUGAACCUCGUGACGGCGGCGGGCGGGAAGUUCUACGCGAGCCUGCUGGGCGCCACCGUCCUGACGCUGGAGUUCUCGUCGGGUCCGGCCUUCGCAGAAACCCCUAUCGCCGAGCAGCCAUGUCACCCGAUGUACCGCGUCUGGAGCCUUCACCUGCUGGAGUCACGCGGGGAGCUCUUCAGCGUCUCCCUGUACCACCCGUUGAUGGGGCGGUGCGACAAGGUUGCCCAGAUAGUCGUCCGCAGGCUCGACUUGCCGGCGAGGGCUUGGGUGGAGGUGGACGCCGUCGGGGACCGGGCCUUCUUCUUGGUCGACGCCGUCCACUUUGGCGCGUCGCUCGGCGCGGAGGAGGCCGGUCUCAAGGGGAACUGCGUUUACUAUCUGAGGCGCGGAGAAAAGGGGCUGUAUGUCUACGACAUGGGGCGUGGAACCACUGCCAUGCACGACCCCGGUCCGGAUUUGCCGACUAAGGCCCCGUUCUGAAGCUCUCCAGGUUCAGGAAAUCCACGAUUCCAGCUUCGUGCGCCAGCGUCCAACUUCCGUGAGGAGCUACGUGCGUUCGGGAGGCUCUAGCCAGCUUCUCAUACGCUGGCGUUGGGCUAUAGGGCUGUUUAGAGCGAAAGGUGUGUACAUGGGCUAUUAGGGAACACAGAUAAUGACAUGGGCUGCAGGCCCAAUUCGGAGUGAAGGAUGUGGAUGACCCUGAUGCACCCACGUCUACUGGCUGGUUCCUACGAGAGCUCGGAAGAAAAGAAAUCGGGAGGCUCACCGAACCGGUAUGCAACUUAGCGGUGGCAUUCCCUGUAAUUACAUCGAACUCCCGCUUCUCGUUUUAGCGAAGCUGGCCAACCGCCGCUUCUCGUCUCUGCAAAAAUUGCACAGGUGGAUCCUCGUCUCCGCGAAGCUGGCUCCUCGAAGCUGGAGCGUUCGGGAUCGAUUCACGUAGGAAUUCUAGGAAGCUGGCUCGUGGAGAGGAUCCGAACGGGCCCUAAAUAGCAUAAAACUACUAGCUUAUAGGUUAAGGUUUCAGAAAACUAUCAUUUUUCAAUUUUUCUCAGAAAGCUAUCAGUCGCGCGGUUCGCUGUUUCAAAAAACCCAAAACGCCCGUGACUAGCGAUUGAACCAUUUUUUUGACCGCCCGGACCCACAUGUGAGGCCACCUGGCCACGCGCGCUCACGACGCGGCCGUUGACGGCCGUUAGCCCGUACGGCCCGGUCGGAACUGGGGUAAAUAACCCCCCUCGGUCGGUCGGGCGCUCCUGAUCACUCACUCUCUCCCUGCUCGCUCACUCCCCUGCUCUCACUCCCCUGCUCCAGUACGAGCUCGCCGCCGCUCGCCGUCUUUGAGGUGGCUCGCCGUUGACCUCCUUGCCACCAUGCCUUCCUGGAACGACGAGGAAACUAGCUCGGAGGAGGAGUGCGAGGUC